AUGCGUUUCAUGUCCCCACAUUUGUCGCAACCCGAGAUCGAUGGAUACAGUGCGCCGUAUCGAUCUCUCCCAAUAGCCACCAAGGCCAGUGUCUUCCGGUUCGGGCACAUUGUCCCAGUUACACCGCGCUUUGCCUUACAUGGCCUCCGGCAGACGCGGAUGUGGAAAUUGUUGGAGGGUCUCUGCGGACCGCGUCAUUUUGACAACCUUAGUCAACAGGCCAGACUGGCAAAGCGCGGGGAAGAGGUCCGACAGAGCUGGAGAGCGUGCCUCGGAAAGGAUGACCCAGACGUUGCGGUGGUGUUCGGAGAGCAAGACCCGCUCUUGAAGCUGUACAAGGACAUCCUCGUCGAUUGCAUCCAUCCGGCACAUAUAGUUGAAUGGGCGCCACAGGGCAUAUGGCUUUCUGGAGGAGGCCACUACCCCAUGGAAGAGAAAGCGGCUGAUAUAUCCCUCUUGAUCGAAAAGCUUGCAAGCCAAUGA